AGUGAAGUCAGACACUUGCUCCAAGUGGUCCUUUGCCUAAUCUUUGUUGCCAUCCACCUAGACCAUCAUGAUGCAGCACCUUAUUUGGAUGUGGGCACAGGGGGAUAAUGAAUCUCAAACUUAUUCAGUUAGGAAAGUUCCAACUUCCCGAGUAUUACUCCCCUCCACAUUGGGCUUCAGUGGGAUGGUUUAAGUGGCACUAGACUAUUAAACUACUCCAUGGAGAUAUUAGAUAUACAUGGUCGAAGUCGUGAUCCCCCUUCAUAAUUCGAUGCUGCUAGAGCAAGGAAUCAGGAGGAUUCUUCUAUACGUUACCUCAUCUUUUGCCUUUUUCUAUCCAUUCGGUGUCAUGAACUGAUCUGAGAUCUCAAGUUCGAAGGGGAUGAUAUGGCCCUCUUCGUGAUUACUUUUCACAUUCUUGCAUACCCGAGCAUCCAGAUGGAAAGGGAAAGGUGAGCUCAACAAACUCUCACCCACUGCUCCAAAGUGACUUGACAUUUCCAUGUUGGUUGGUAGAGCCAGAGGUAGUCAUUUACAUUGGAUACCUUGUGAAAAGAAGGGGGGGUGACACAGUGCUUGUAAUUCACCUCUACCGCUGCAUGCCUAAAAAGGACGCGAACAUGAAGAUGCCCACAUAGAUACACAUGUUCGGAAGGAAACAGAAUCUACCUACACCAGCACCACCUCCUGAUGACCUCUACAACAACCAUUAUUGCCCAUAUAAAGACCCCAACACUUCUCAGUUCUCACCAACAUGAUACUACGUCGUAUCGUAUCAAUUUCACAAACCAACAUGAUGAUACUACCUCAUCGUAUGUAACACCGCAACCACUCACUUCUGCAUUCCGACUUCCCAAUCUCUGGCACUUUUUCGCAUAGGAAACAGGAGACUAUCGUAGUGGGAUCCACUGACUAAUUUCACCUCGUAUCUGCUUGACGCUAAAGCCUUUAUCCUCUACAUACUUUUUGGGAUAAAAUAAAAUCAUCCUAAUGCAAGGGAACCGGUCGACACCCGUAGUUGAAUCAUGAAUGGUUUAUUUUGGAGUGGUGCAACACCACUUCAAAAUGUUGCACCACCAUGGAAAUCUACAUCAACCAAAGGUAAAGAUGCAUUGAAGAUAACUACCUCGCGUCAUAUGGAUGAACCUCCAUGCUAAUGCUACAACCAAUCCCCGUUCCAAACAUACUCCAAACGCAUAAACAAAAUCCAAGCUUCCAGCCCAAGUCGUUGAAAUUUACCCUUCGCUAGCAUUAUACUGACGAAAUCUUACCCACAGAUUGCAGCAAGUAGACGAAUCAAAUCUAAAAAGCAGUAGACAUUAUAAGGAGGCAGUAUCAGUGGCAGACAACACAAACAACCAGGAAAUUAUAUGGUUUGGCCGUAAAUAUGGAAUCACAGUGCAGUCGACAACUUCCUUUAGUGGUAGGCACUCCAAUGGAAGCAGUAAAAAGUUGCCAUGAUUAUUUAUAUACGUAAAAAGAAAAUGAGAGAGAAGGGGAAGAUACCAAGCUUCAAACUGUCAAGAGUCAUAAUGAUGCAAGCAUUGUUCCCCCGAACAAAAAAGCAUCACCGGAUGAAGACAUCAAGUGGAACACUUUUAGUUUAUAAAGUCUAGCAUCACUUCUUUCAUGACAACGCAAUUUAUUCUCUGCCAUCCUGAUCCAGACAGAACUAUUGGAGAGAAAGUGACUGGACCUGGAUAAAGCUUCAGAAAUCCAUUCCAUAUUCUUCAAUAUUGGGAUCCAGAACUGAAAGAAGCAGAAAGUUUUAUAGAGCAGCAAAGCUAACAAAGCAUAAUGAAAACCAGUGAAGGAAAUGAUGGGAGAACAGCAGACCUCAAUCCGGGAGAACGGCUGAACUUAUAUCUAGCAACAAAUCAACCCUCAGCCUUCGGAGACCCUGAUCCACAAUCAGGCAGAAUACCUAACAAAGUUUUUUCGUGUAAUUACUGCAGGCGGAAGUUUUACAGUUCACAGGCACUGGGAGGCCACCAAAACGCCCACAAGAGGGAAAGAGGUGCAAUGAGAAGCUAUCAAUCUCAGUUCAUGGUGGCUUUCCCGGUCAAUACUUCCAUGAUCAGAUCACUCGGCGUGCAGGCACACUCACUUGUACACAAAACAGACGGAGAUAGAGGUACGAUGGUUGCAAAGCUUACUGAAGCUAAUAUGGGACCUCAGAUGCUGCAGUGCCGCGAAGAAACCAUGGAACUGAUGUGGCCAGGAAGUUUUCGACUUGAUCAAGCACCGCCGCAGCCCAAGACAUCUAAUCAGGAUGAGCUUGACUUGAAUCUCAAGCUCUAAAGAGCAUCUGUCAUAAAUUAGCAGCACUGUAAUCUAUCUUAUACUCAAAACCUUCUAUCUUCCUACAGUUGGAACUGUUAAUUUGAUCAAUUGCUGAGAAAACUCGAGGCAUGAGAGAUAGUUCAGCUCUCAGAGAGUUUUAUUGUGUCAUGUACCGUAAUUCUAAUAGUAGGGCAAACCCCCAUUGCCAGCUUAGCGACAUACACCAUUUUCCGCAGCUUCUUUCUCUUCAUUUUGCUGCGUCUAGAAUUAUUUAUACAUUAUUUGUUAGCUUCAGCAAGAAGAUGAUUCAUUCAUUCACA